AUGGAUUUGCUCAAGCUGUCGCAUAGCUCCCGUGCGCGAAAGGAAGGUGGAGAGGCACGUCCGCUAUUCGUCCCUCCGCUGUGCACGUCCUGGUGUUGUCGUGUGGCUUCCCAACCACCCCGGUGUCGUCGUCCUCAACCUUCCCCCUUUGCCCUGUUGUACGCCGCUCGAACGCACCCUCUCCCCGCUUCCUGGGGGUUACGAAUGCUUUCUCUUGUUGCUGCUAUUGCUUCUAGCUACCCUAAUGUAGAAUUGCUUGAUCUCAGUGGAUCUGGCAGAAGUGACAGUGGCAUAGGAAUAAUUUGCAAUGUAUUCCCUGAAACACUGUCAAGACUCCUCCUUGCCCUUUGUCCUAAUGUGACUUCAAGUGGCAUUCAAUUUGCUACUGCUCAGCUUCUUCUUCUUGAGCUUAUGGACUGCGGCAUGACCAUACGUGAUCCUGAUUCACUUAAUCCAACCACUGAUGAAGACGAUUUCAAACCACAGGAAACAUUCAGCACAAAUAUGCACCUUACAAAUCAAAAGUUAAUUAUCAAACAGCCAUUUAAAGAAGCUUAGUUCAUGGGGUUGCUCUGGCUUGGAUG